AUGGGUGCUCCGAGGCAGAUUCUCAGUCCUCGAGAAGUACGCGCAGCCAGCGUGAGCCAGACGAGUAUGCGAGGUCCUGAGCCACAACAAACUCCCUUUUUGCCGCCCAAUGCGCCGCGACUGAAGCGCCCUUAUCCUGGCGAGGAGGGUCCCCAGGAAACCCUUCGUUCAGCAACCGGUCUGCCCUUCUCUGGACCACCUUCCCUAGGCCCUCCUUCGGCAGGAAUGGGUCCGCUCACAACGCCGCCGCGUUCCAUGUCCCAGCCCAUGGUUGGGCACAUGCAACCUGGCAACCCCGACCGGCCUCAACUGCCCCCUAUGGCACGAGAUCCUCAUGGUAGACCAACGGAGUUCCAUGGUCAACCAAUGCUCCCUCCUGGCCAGAACUAUCCCCCACCACAGUCACCAGGCGUCCCUGUUUGGUCCACACCUGGAGCUGGAACGUCCUUAUACCAAAGUCUGCGGUCAGAUGUGACGAAGGCGGAGGGUGGCAUGGUAGUCAGGCUACCGGGAGACGAGGGAGGCAUUCUCAUACCUGUGGACGUACAUCAGGCGUCGAAGCAGGCAGAUGAGAAGCGCCAACGGAAUGCCGGGGCUUCGGCACGCUUCAGACAAAGGAAGAAGGAGAGAGACCAGGAACAGACUGCCAGUCUGCAAAAGUUGGAGCAGCGUGGACGUGACCUGGAGGCGAGAGUGCGGGAGUUGACUCGGGAGAGGGACUUUUACCGGGACGAGCGCAACCGUCUUCGCGAUGUGGUUCUUCGAACGCCUCUCAGCGACAUGGCGAACGGACCUCCGAGCCCAACGUCGUCGAGAAGCGGAGGAUCUAUGGCGGAGACCAGCCCCAUGGCGCAAGCUCCGAUGCUGCCUCAUCAGUCUCAGGGCUACGCAUCGAGCGAGGCGUCUUCAAUGGAACGACCGACGCGUAGGCGUAGGACCGACUCGGCCCCGCCUCCAGAGUUCUCGAUGCCUUCGUAUGGCACUCCGAUCCCUCAAGCUGGAAAUCUGCCGCCCAUGCAGGCUCCAGCGUAUGGCAUGAUGCAGCAGAGACCCCCGUCUACGGCGCCGGGCGGAGAGCGACUACCACCUCUUCGGGGCAUGGAGGGCCCCUAUCCUGGCCAGGAAUCGGGGCCGGGCGUAUCUGCCGGUGGUCCCUUGUAUCCCAGCUACACGCGUGUUCCUCACGAGACGGGAUUCGCGAGCAGAUCAGCUGGACCGCCACCACCCGGUCACCACGGGCAUCACCAUCAUGUCCACGAGGGUGGCCCGCGGUAG